AUGGCGGACGCAGAGCAGCAGCAAGACAGAACAACGGGAGAACAAUCGGAGCAGACACCUCUGCUUGGAGGACCGGGCGAUGCUAGCCAGCAGGGCAAGCCUCUCUACCAUAACUUUGUCAUUGGUACGGGUGUUGUGGCACAGGCUGGCGUUUGGAUCCUAGCAGCGAUAGUAUGGGGCAGUGUCUUCAGCAAUGAUUUGAGCUUGUUUUCCGCACAUCCACUCCUCAACUCCGCUGCCGUCUUGUUCUUUGUCCAAGGCGUUCUGAUCCUCCAACCAACAUAUACCGCGAAGCAGAAGAAGCAAGGCACCUACACACAUGCUGCUCUCAAUGAUAUCGCCGUCUUGGCCGCUGUCGCUGGUCUCGUCAUCAUCGAGUAUAACAAAAUCGAUCACAACGGGGCGCACUUCGAAUCGAUCCAUGCCAUUCUGGGUCUUGUCACGUACAUUCUGGUCAUCUUCCAGGCACUGGUGGGGAUCACGCAGUUCUUCACUCCAUCACUAUACGGCGGCGUCGACAAUGCGAAGGCUUUGUACAAGUACCAUCGAGUUGGGGGAUACAUCACGCUGCUGGUUAUGCUGGCUACGGUCUGUGCGGCAACGCAGACGACUUUUAACAAGAAUGUGCUGCAGAUGCAGUUGUGGGCGGUGGUCGUGGCAUCGGUCAUCAUUGUGCUUGGUCUUGGUGCUCGCAUCAAGCCUAGCAAGUUCGGCUGGCUGGCUGGGCAGUAG